AGUUGCCUCUCAGUGAGCCGUGACCAUUGAAGCGGAGCAUUCAAUUCGUGAGUCACCUCGUUUCCAUCGACAACUUCUCCAUUCAAAUCUCAACUUCUCCGCCCACUUCUUCACCACAUUCCUCUCUUUUCACUUACAAACUUCUCUCUUUCUCGCUACAUUGCAUUUAAACUCCUCUCAUUUCAGCUUCAUUCAAAAUGGAUGCGUCGAUGACCAUGUCCAAAUCCCUCUCAACUCCUCCUGCAUUAUUCAUUGGGAGGAGUAGUGGAAUAAGGAGUUCUCAAUGUAGCUUUAUGGUGGGGAAUAGUAGGAUUAGUUUUCCGAGGCAAAGAGCUCAAGCGAGUAAAGUUAAAGUUAUCCGCAAUUCAAAAAGACGCGGUACAGCACUUAGUGUUGAGUGUCGUGGUGGUGAGAAAAUCCUUAUAGCUAAUAGAGGAGAAAUUGCUGUUCGAGUUAUUCGGACUGCUCAUGAAAUGGGAAUACCUUGUGUUGCUGUUUACUCUACCAUUGACAAGGAUGCACUUCAUGUUAAGUUGGCUGAUGAAUCGGUUUGUAUAGGUGAAGCACCAAGUAGUCAAUCGUAUUUGGUGAUUCCAAAUGUUCUAUCAGCUGCUAUCAGUCGAGGAUGCACAAUGCUUCAUCCUGGAUAUGGAUUUCUUGCUGAGAAUGCAGUAUUUGUUGAAAUGUGCAGAGAGCAUGGAAUCAACUUUAUUGGGCCAAAUCCCGACAGUAUCCGCAUUAUGGGUGACAAAUCAACGGCCAGGGAGACAAUGAAGAAUGCUGGUGUUCCUACUGUACCAGGGAGUGAUGGAUUGCUGCAGAGCACCGAGGAAGCAAUCAAGCUUGCUGGUGAGAUUGGAUUCCCUGUGAUGAUCAAGGCAACAGCAGGUGGAGGAGGACGUGGAAUGCGUCUUGCUAAAGAACCUGAGGAAUUUGUGAAGCUGCUUCAGCAAGCUAAGAGUGAGGCUGCUGCUGCAUUUGGAAAUGAUGGAGUUUAUUUGGAAAAGUAUAUCCAAAAUCCAAGGCAUAUUGAGUUUCAGGUUCUUGCCGAUAAAUAUGGUAAUGUUGUCCACUUUGGUGAACGUGACUGCAGCAUCCAGAGACGCAACCAAAAGCUGCUUGAAGAAGCACCUUCUCCUGCAUUGACCCCUGAGUUGCGGAAAGCCAUGGGUGAUGCAGCUGUUGCAGCGGCAGCAUCCAUAGGUUACAUUGGUGUUGGAACGGUUGAAUUUCUUCUAGAUGAAAGAGGGUCCUUCUACUUCAUGGAAAUGAACACUCGUAUCCAGGUUGAGCAUCCUGUGACAGAAAUGAUUUCCUCUGUUGACUUGAUUGAGGAACAAAUUCAUGUAGCCAUGGGAGGAAAACUUCGUUACAAACAGGAAGAUAUUGUGCUUAGAGGGCAUUCAAUUGAAUGCCGUAUCAAUGCAGAAGAUCCUUUUAAAGGAUUCCGACCUGGACCAGGGAGAAUAACAGCAUACUUGCCAUCUGGUGGCCCUUUUGUCAGAAUGGAUAGCCAUGUUUAUCCUGAUUAUGUGGUUCCACCAAGCUAUGAUUCCCUACUUGGAAAGCUUAUUGUGUGGGCUCCAACUAGAGAAAAGGCAAUCGAGCGCAUGAAAAGGGCUCUUGAUGACACUGUUAUCACAGGUGUUCCUACGACCACUGAAUACCAUAAACUUAUCCUUGAUAUUGAGGACUUCAAAAAUGGCAAGGUUGACACUGCAUUCAUUCCAAAACACGAGGAGGAGUUACGAGCUCCCGAGGAAAUUGUUCCAGCGACACCUGCUAAAGAAAUGGCUAGUGCAACUGCUUAGAUUAAUCUCCUUCUGAAAUUGCAGCUCUCUGUUAAAGUUAUCUAUUACCGGCAUCAUUAAAACACGUAUAGUCUCCUUGGUUGUAUUGUCUUUCUGCAAGAAAUUGUAAAUUUGCAUGUGUGCCAUACUUACAAAUUCUGGAAAUUUAAUUUUUAUCUGUUGAGCGUUGUGAUUUAAUUUGCUAAUUACAUGUAGAGGCAAUUGAUGAAUAAGCUCACUGCAAUGACAAAGGUGAGUAAAUUCACAGGUGAUUGAACUUUCAAAUUGGGAUUUUGUAAUUGUAACGUUGAUGAAACAUUUUUUUUUUUUUUU